AUGGAGAGUUUUUACAAUGACACUCAGAACCAGCAGCGGGACCACCGGAGCCAGCACCAGGUCGUCACUGCGGCGGUGGACACCUCCGGACAGGGAGGAGACCUCAGCCUCCGCGCGCUCACCGGCUGCGUCCUGUGCGUCCUGAUCGUCUCCACCCUGCUGGGCAACACGUUGGUCUGCGCAGCGGUCAUCAAGUUCCGCCAUCUGCGCUCCAAAGUCACCAACUCGUUUGUCAUCUCUCUCGCCGUGUCCGACCUGUUUGUGGCCGUGCUCGUGAUGCCGUGGAGAGCGGUGUCCGAGGUGGCAGGCAUAUGGCUCUUCGGCCGCUUCUGCGACACCUGGGUGGCCUUCGACAUCAUGUGCUCCACCGCGUCCAUCCUCAACCUGUGCAUAAUCAGCAUGGACCGCUACUGGGCCAUCUCCAGCCCCUUCAAAUACGAGCGCAAAAUGACGCGCAGGUUCGCCUUCCUCAUGAUCGGUGUCGCGUGGACACUCUCCAUCCUCAUCUCCUUCAUCCCCGUGCAGCUCAACUGGCACCGCGCGGGCGCCGAAAAUUCCACUGCGGACAACCCGGACGACUGCAACGCCAGCCUUAACCGGACCUACGCCAUCUCCUCGUCCCUUAUCAGCUUCUACAUCCCCGUGGUGAUCAUGGUGGGUACGUACACGCGAAUCUUCCGAAUCGCGCAAACCCAGAUCAGACGGAUCUCCUCGUUGGAGAGAGCAGCUGGGUCCCGUGCGCAAAACCACCGUCACUGCGCCUCAACGCACGACGAGAACUCGCUGAAAACGUCUUUUAAACGAGAAACCAAAGUAUUAAAGACCCUCUCCAUCAUCAUGGGAGUGUUCGUGUUUUGCUGGCUGCCGUUUUUCGUCCUGAACUGCGUGGUCCCUUUCUGCGAGAUGGACCGACUCGGGGAGCCGCCGUGCGUCAGCGACACCACCUUCAGCAUCUUCGUGUGGUUCGGCUGGGCCAACUCGUCCCUGAACCCGGUCAUCUACGCCUUCAACGCGGACUUCAGGAAGGCCUUUUCCACCAUCCUGGGCUGUAACAAAUACUGCUCCACCUCCACGGUGGAGACAGUGGAUUUCAGCAACGAGCUGGUCUCUUACCACCAUGACACCACCAUGCAGAAGGAGGCCUGCGCCGUGCCGGGUUCCGGGGCGCAGAGGAUCACGGCGCCGGCGGAACUCGAGCGGAACUUUGAUAAAGUUUCUGUCACGUCGGAUGAUUCUCGAAACCAGCGGAACUUACUGUUGCCCGCGAUCCUGCAGUACGAGUGCGAGGCGGAGAUUUCUUUAGACAUGAUGCCCUUCAACUCCUCCGGACCAGCAGACUGUUAUGUGAUUCCGGGACAAGUCCAGGACUUGUGACCACCCGGGAGACCCGUUCUUGCAUCUUUCAGGGUCUUUUCCCGUUCUGGCUCUGAUAAAAUGGAGCAGAAACGUGGUUCACCUUUGACCUUCAGCUGGUAAUUCUAAAUA